AAAGCCCUAUCUCAACCACCAAGUAUAAACACUGCAAUUAUCGCCGCACUUCAUCUUUCUUAAUCGACCAGGAGGAGGACGCUAGGGUUUCUGCAACUUCACUGCAAUGGGAAAGGGAACAGGUAGUUUCGGUAAGAGGAGGAACAAGACUCACACACUAUGUGUGAGGUGCGGUCGCCGCAGUUUCCAUCUCCAGAAGAGUCGUUGCUCUGCUUGUGCUUAUCCUGCUGCCCGUUUAAGGAAAUACAACUGGAGCGAGAAGGCACUCCGCAGAAAGACAACUGGUACUGGCCGCAUGAGGUACCUCCGCAAUGUUCCUCGCAGAUUCAAGACCGGUUUCAGAGAAGGGACUGAAGCAGCACCAAGGAAGAAGGCGGCAGCAGCUUCUACUUGAGGUCCUUUGAGAGGGUUAUUGAGGAGGGUACUUUUUAUAACGUUAGCAUCAUUUUGGUAUUCAAGUAUUAGAGAGCAAGCAAAUUUUGGGAAGCUUAUUGCCCAUUCAAAUUUACAAGUGCUUAAAUUUUGGAAAUUUGUUGUUGAAAUUGGCAUUUUGAGAACUAAUGGAUUUGUGUAGGCUGUUUUCUACUUUUGGUUGCUCUGAACAUUCUGUCCAUUUGCUUAUGUUCCUUGAAUUUGAGUAUUGAGGUCUUUUGAGCUCUUAAUUUUCCAAUAUUUUACUGUA